UGCCUGUCACAGAUACAAAACCGUCUGGCCCACAGCGAGAUGAAACAAGUGGAGGGGAUGUAGCAGUAGCAGACAUACAUUCGUGAGAAACCCAAAUAAGCGCUCUGGCGUUGCUGUGGUUGUGUUGUUGCUUUCUCCGUCGCCCUGAUUGCGCUGAGAUUUUUGGGAUUUUUUAAGCUUCCAAUUUUGCAAAUCGGAAGCUGCUCUGGUGUAAGUAAAGGUGUCUGCACAGGAGCUCAAUGGCCGCGACGCUAGCGAUGAGCGGUGGCGGCCAGGACGAGCCCUUCUACCCGCUACUGAAAUCCACCAUCCCGGACGACUUCUCCUUGGAGGAGUCCGCCCUUUUCGGCUUGGACUCCAAGAUCACGGAUGCUGAGCGGAAUGGCCACAAUGAAUACACCCAGACCAAGUGUGAGCUGGACAGGUAUCUGUCCCAGGUGCCUCUGCCCCCCCUGUCCGACGGCCUGCAGCAGCAGCAGAAGUCGCGGCGGGACAGUGUGUCCAACAUGGACCAGUUCUUCAGCGACGACCAGGCCUUCGCUCCAUACACCCUCAACAUGAACCUUUACCUGCCCGACGUGGCCUACCUGCGCAUGGGCUUGUGUCGGCCGACACGCCUCCCUCAACCUCUCCCCCAGCAACCUCACCCCCAGCAACCUCACCCUCAUCCCCAGCAGCAGCAGCAGCAGGCCCACGCAGGUCUGGCCCAGGUCAAAACGGAGUCCUUCUCUUCCGCUCUCCAGCCCCACUGUACUGAAACCUCCCCGACCGCGAGCAGCGGCACUGGGCCAAUGCCCAUGGAAGCGUCCGCCAUCGCCAUGACAUUGCCAGGGUUACUGGAGUUCACCAGUGCUUUUAGCCAAUCGGAAGUGUGCGGUGACGAUGCCAUGUCGGGCGUCUUUGUGAAGCAGGAGGUCCCGUCACCGUUUGAGCAGCAGCACCACCACCAUCACCAUCAUCACCACCAUCACAAUAAUCACCAUGACAACAGCGGCUCGCUGUUUCAACUCCUCAACUCUGAUUUGGACCAUCACCAUGGCAACGGGGUGGACGUCCAGACACAGCAGCAGCAGCAGCAGCAGCAGCAUCAUCAUCGCCUUCAUCAGACACAGAGCGCGGGUCCCCUGUCGGUCCACACGUCGUUCCAUGAUAUGUCCGUGCCUUCCUCCACGUCGCAGCAGCAGCAGCAGCAGGCAUCCACAGCCAAGCCAAACUACUGCGGCCUAACCGGUGGGGGCUAUGUCCACGCCCCCGCCGCACACCCACAGUUCCAACCGCAGCAGCAGGUGCCCUACCUGCCCCCCUCCCCUCCCAGCUCCGAGCCAGGCAGUCCCGACAGACAGAAGGAGCUGCUCCACACCAUGUCCCCCCCGCCCUCCUACGCGGCCACCAUCGCGUCCAAGAUGGCGAGUGGGAGCCCCCCCAUCCUGUGCACAAGCCCGGGGACCAUGGCCCUGCCCCUGGGGGCUGGCCCCACCCAAGCCCCAGGCCCGGCCGCAGGCCUGACGAGCUCCGGCCCAGACACCGCUCUGGGUCUGGGUACGGCCGAGACCGGCACCUCCUCUGGCUCCUCCUCCACCAUGCCCAUCCGCUACAACCGGAGGAACAACCCUGACCUGGAGAAGAGACGCAUCCACCACUGUGACUACCCAGGCUGUAAAAAGGUAUACACCAAAUCAUCUCAUCUGAAGGCUCAUCUCCGGACCCACACGGGUGAGAAGCCUUACCGCUGCACGUGGGACGGCUGUGACUGGCGGUUCGCCCGCUCGGACGAGCUUACCCGUCACUACCGCAAGCACACGGGGGCCAAACCCUUCCAGUGCGGCGUGUGCUCCCGCUCCUUCUCACGCUCCGACCACCUGGCGCUGCACAUGAAGAGACACCAGAACUAACACACACACACGCACACACGUGCAAACCUACCAAUGCAUAUACACACACACACGUGCAAACCUACCAAUGCACACACACACACACACACACACACACACACACACACACACGUGCAAACCUACCAAUGCAUACACAUUGAAAAGGACAGGGACAUGUACACUCAAGCGCAGGAUAAAGCAUACUCGUGUACAGCCUGGGAACCAGAUGAAUCUGCAAGCUCAGGUUUUACUUGCUCUGGCAUAUGCGUCUGGCCCCCCUCCUGUUCAGACAGAUUUCCAGCAGACCUGGCCCGGGUCGGGCCAAUCACAACCGCUCACUAAUAUUGGGUGAGGUUUAAUUGGAUGACGUACAGAGGAGCAACCAAGAUGGCUGCCGCUGAUGUGCGCCAUGUUUCGUUGUUCUGAUUGGUUUUAGGUCUUUCCAAUUUCGUCCAGACCCAUUUCGGUCUGCCCCUGUUGAUAAUGACUCUUGGAAAUCGAAUAAUGAACUGAAAGGUUCUAGACUAUUAUGCAUUUGGGAAUUGGUCUGGUGAUGUCAGGCUAGUACACACAUACACACUGUACACACAUGAUGUUCACACAUACACUGUACACAUACACAAGCACUAUCAGAAAAUAUGCCAUCCAAAUGUAUAAAUCAGGAAAUUAUAAACCUCCCACUGUCAAACACGUGAUAAAAGCUUUUAGUGGCCCCACAUGUUUUAUUCUCAUGUUCUCAAAAUAGUUGGUUGUUUUCUUAAAUGGUCGGGGAAAAUAACCUGUCAGAGAGUGGUCACCCAUACCAACCGAUGAAUUAGUAAGGUUUUAUGAGAGAAGGGGGGGGAGAAAUUAAACCAAAACAAAAGUUAAACAAGCUAUUAUUUGUAGUUACAUUUAGAACUGGAAUACGACUGGAAGCUUAUGCUGUCUUCAGACUUUGCUUUGAGUUUGUUAUUUUGUAUUAAAGGGAAGUGUGUUUCUUUUUGCUAGGACAGCCAAAAGUUUGUUUACCUUUUUUUUUUCUUUGUGCUUUUGUUUGUUUUUUGUAACUGGAAAAAUCCAGAACCUCUUUUUGUUUUGUUUUAAAUUUUUAAUUUGCACUUGAAAUGGUUGACUUGUCAAAGCUCAUUAGACUACAGAACUCAGUUACCACUGGAAAACACGAAACACAUUUCUAAUGACUUAGAUUCCUCUGAAGAUGCAAUUCACUGGACACUAAACAGACCAUCCCUCUUUACGUUCUUCAGAAUAUGAGGCAUUUAUAAUAACGAGACGACAAGGGACAAAGAAAAGUAAAGGGAAUAGAGUGAGAGCAAUGAAGGCGAGGAGGAAUUUUAAGAGGGAGAGUAGAGUUAAGCAUUAAAGAGGGAAGGGGGGGGGGGGAGAGAGAGAGAGCGCAAGUGUGAGAGGUGGAGCCGAGGGACGUCGAAAGACAAAGUGGAGGCGUUUAGUUGCUAAUGGGGUGCAAUUACGUGGUGAAUUAUUUAGCUUUUGUCCUCCGGACGUGCGUUGAAGAAACAGCGGAACCCAUAGCCGUACUUUAUAGAUACUCUCACAAUAGACACAGAGUUAAACAAACAUGUCAUUAUUUGUUGCACAAGCACCAGGUAGCCAUGGAGUAUUUAAAAAGAAAGAUGGAGGGCGGGGCACGAUAUGUCCACGGAAAAUGUUUUCCUUUUGUUGUUUUUUUACGAGAACAUUCUUCAUUGUUAACAUUCUUCUGCGGCAAUAACGUGUUAUUUUAUGUUAAGUCCCUCGUUUUCUGCAUUAGAAAAUACUCUCAACAAUGGCUGAUGAAUUGAAAGUUUUCACGGUGCUUAAUUUAUCGAUAUUUAUAAUAUCGGGAUAAUGUGUUCUGUUUUUGUAAUCCAUUUGGUACCAUAUGAAUAAUGAUUUAACUGGCCUUGUGGUUAGGAAGAGUUCACCCUCUGAAAUAUUUAUAAUCACCAAACAUAUUUGUGUUGCUUUAUGAUAUGAGCAAAUCUAAUGGCAAUUGUACUCUACACCAAAGCUUGGGUUCAUUGUUUAAUUAAGGCUGCCUCUGUGAUUGUUUCUUUACAAAGGACAGCUUAGAACUAAUGCAGCACUGUAAAGUAUCAUGGUAAAUCUGACUAUUUAUUGAAUGAGUAGAAGUGGGGGAUAAACAAGGUCAACCAAUUCUGCCCAACUAAAACGCCUUAAUGUAAAUAUAUGCACUGUAAAUAUCUAAAUGACUUUCUUUCCUUUUUUAUUUUGAACAAAAGGGCCAGCGAAAAAAUGCCCCGCAUCCCAAAAACUAUUCGAGCCCUUACUUUUUUCUUAACAGAUAUUUUAAUAUCAUUUUUUUAUAUUGUCCUUUAAACAACCUAGUUCGUAGUUAAAUUUUUCUUUUUAGAGAAAUACCUUCCAAAGACAAAAGUUGUUUUUCUUCAACUGUAGCAAAUUCUAAUAAAGUCAACUGACUCUUUUACAAAUGA